CCAAAUGGAGGACUGAUGGCUGUGAAGAGGCUUAAGGUGUUAAUGCCGGGCUCUGAGAAGCAAUUUGAAAACGAGGUUUAUCAUGUUAUGAGUCUUAAUCACCCAAAUAUAGUGCGAUGCGUAGGGUAUUGCUAUGAAACACAGAAUUUAUGUUUAAACUACGAUGGAAAAUACAUUUUUGCUGAGACGGCUGAGAGGUUGCUUUGUAUGGAGUAUAUGCCUGGGGGAAACCUUGAUAACCAUCUUGCAGAUGAAUCGCAUGGACUUGAUUGGCACAAGCGCUACAAUAUAAUUAGUGGGAUUUGCUAUGGCUUACAUUACCUUCACGAGGAGUGGGAAGUUAAUACUCCCAUUAUUCACUUGGACCUAAAACCAGCGAACAUAUUACUCGAUGACGAUAUGCUACCAAAGAUUGCGGAUUUUGGUCUGUCAAGGCUUUUCAGUGAACAACAAACUCGAGUUUGCACUAGAAGUCGUAGUGGAACAUGUGGUUACAUGGCACCAGAAUACAUAAAUCAAGGUAUAAUCACAACUAAGUCAGACAUAUUCAGUUUGGGUGUGAUAAUUAUACAGAUAAUAACGGGGCACAGGAACUACCCUUCGCCUUUUGAUACUGAACUGUCGUACCAUGACUUCGUUGAACUUGUGCUUAAAAAAUGGAGGAAAAGGUUGGAAGCAGCAUCAUGCGACACAUCAUCACUCGAAACAGACUACCAACAAAUAAAAAGUUGCCUGGACAUGGGUCUAAGCUGCUUGGAAACUGACCCAACGAAAAGGCCAUCAACAACAGAAAUUACCAAGAGGCUUAUUAGAUGCGGAAGCACCAAUUUCCAUGUUGGUGGUGAUGAAAGACCACCAACGCUUAAGAUUACGACUGACCCGAGGGAGUUUCUUCUGAUUAAACCCAGCGAGCUCCAGUUCUGUUUGGAAUUAAACAAACGAAACCGUUGCCUUGUACAUCUAACUAACAAUACAAAUGAGCAUGUUGCGUUUUCUUUUGGGGCUACGAGCGCGAUGAACAACUACAGCAUUGAACCGACUAGUGCCUUUAUCUGUCCAUGGUCCACAUUUACUGUCUUUGUUACAAUGGAAGAACUGCGUGAGUUACCAUCGUGCAUGCAGUGCAACGAUGAAUUCCUUGUACAGACCAUCGUAUUGAGGGGAAGUGGACUCACAUCCAAGCACAUUACCGAUGGUAGUUUUAACAUGUCGAGCAGUGUGGUGCACAAGGCAAAAUUGACGGUUGCUUAUGUGCCACCAGCCCAACCGCCAUCCCUAUUACAUGUACGGUCUGAGGAGAUAAAGGCAUCAGAUCUGCAUCGAUUAGAAAUAUUUUGGAACUUUGUGCCCCAGGACAAACAAAACCAAGACAAACAAAACAAAGACAUAUUGAUUCGGUUCAUAUGUCAAAAUCUUGGAUUCUCGAAUGGCGGGCCAAUUGCAGCCUGUAUUGUCUACAGGUGCCUUUUACACUGGAAAUCAUUUGGAGCUGUACACACUAAUGUUUUCAGUGGUAUUAUUACGAGCAUGCAUAGUAGAAUAAAGGCCCAGGACAAUGAUAUGUCAGCAUAUUGGCUCUCCAAUUCAUCGACAUUAUUACUGCUUAUGGAGCGAACACUGAAAACAACUACAGAAGUUAGAUUCAUUCCUCGGAGACGAAUUAUAACUGCCAAAGUGUUUGGUAGUGUGUUCGGGAGAAAUCAAGCUGCUGCUGGUAGCCACUUGAUUGGAGGCAAUGGUGGUCUUCAGAAAGUUAGAGCCAAACGUCCUGCUCUGGUUUUCAAGAGAAACCUUAGAGGUUUCAUUGAGAAGGCACCAACAAUAUUAUGUCAAGCACUGUUUGACCAUUGGCAGAGCAUUGUCAAUAUAUUAACAGACUACUUGAGUGUUUUGAAAGCCAAUCAUGUCCCGUCAUUCUUAAUCAGCAAAAUGUUCACUCGAGUCUUCUCAUUUAUUGAUGUUCAGUUGUUCAAUAAUUUGCUUCUAUCUGAAUGUUGUUCGUCCAGCGAUGGAGAAUAUAUCAAAACUGGAUUAGCUAAGUUAGAACAGUGGUGCAUCUAUGAGACUNNNNAGACUAUGCGUGAUAAACAGAAGAAAACAUUGGAAGAAAUCACUUGCCAUCUAUACCGAAUCUGUACACUUUAUCGGGAUGACAGAUAUGGUACCAAUGAUGUUUCACCCCUUAUUGACAUGCUCCGGAGUAUGGAAUGUGCAAUGUGGAAAGAUGGGUGGUAUGUUACACUGAACUGGUCAAUAAUCGUGGCAAAACUACAUUCUGUGCUGUUGCCUGAUGACUCAGAAAGCAUUCCAUUCUUGGUGGACGACGUCCUGGAGUCAAUCAAGGAAUUCGAGUUGACAGAUGUUGAUAUGCCACCUCUGAUCAGGGAGAAUCCUCAGUUUGACUUCCUACGGCGAAGACCAGAAUUCUGCCCAUGACUGCCGCCUCAGUUGCUG